AUGCUACCGUUCGACGAAAUUGUCCCGGUAGCUGCGAAAGAAUGGCUAGAAAAAGUCGCGAUAAGUCACGGAACGUCCCGAGAAAUGUUCCUUUUAAGUGCAUUAACAUCGACGAGCGCGCUCAUUGGAAAGAGUACAUUGCAAGUAUUUUCAACUUAUGGAGAAAAGGGGAACCUUUUUACGGUUGUAAUCGCGCCUUCAGGUUCUGGAAAAACACCCGCUUGCCACUUAGGAUGUAUAGAUCCAAUCGUGGAACAUUUGGAACCAAAAAUCGAAAAAAGUAUUGUGAUGGACGACGCGUCGUCCAACGGCUUGUUCAAUCAUUUUGUGUCAGGAGACACAGUUCCUGUCCUCUGUAUCGACGAGGCUCAUUCAUUUUUAAUGAAAAUAACAAGUUUGUCCAAGUCUCCCCAAGCCAACCUGACACUGGAACGCUUGUGCAAAUGUUUCGACGGAGACAAAUAA